AUGGCGGAUCUGUUCGUAAUUUUUGACGAGGAGGGCAUCGCCGAUCGCGACUCGGAACGCACAUAUCGCACUUACAGCGAUGCUUUCGCUACGAUGUCAGAGGACAACUUCAUUGCGACCGUCCGCUUGUCUAAGGACGCUGCUAGAGAGGUCUGCGAAGCUGUCAAGGGGGAUCUAGAGUGGCCUCAGCAGUGGCGUCGUACAACCCUCAGCGUCGAGCAGAGAGUUUUGAUGGCGCUACGGUUCUACGCCACUGGGGCAUUCCUCGGCAACAUUGCGAGGGAAGAGAGCUUCGUUUGCAGUAAGCAUGCACUAUCCGAGGCUCUCCACGUAGUGAGCCUAGUCAUCACAAUGAACCUUGCGCAAGUAUCUCCGGUUCCCCUCGACUCCAGUGGAAAAGCUGGAAGUAAAGCGCGGGUUCUACGAGUUGGCUGGGUUUCGUGGGUGCCUAGGCGCAUUCUGUUCGUGAAUGCCAGAUACCCGGGAUCGUGCCAUGAUGCCUCUGUAUGGGCAGCGUCCCAGCUCUGUCGAGAAGCUCCCACAAUAUUUGAAGAUGGAGAGUGGCUAAUUGGAGACAGCGCCCACUCCUUGCAGCCAUGGCUGAUGACGCCUGUCCGAACGUCAACGACACAGGAAGAAAUUGACUACAAUGACGCACACAGUCGAACACGUGUGCGCAUUGAGCACUGUUUCGGCAUGCUGAAGAUGCGGUUCCGGUGCCUUCAGAGGUACCGCACCUUACACUUUGCUCCAGAGCGGUCGUUCAACAUCAUAAACGCUUGUUACGCAGAAAGUGGACCUGAUGAUGACAUGACAGAAGAGGCAAGCGUUGCGGGGGCAGACGAUGCAGAGGACAAUGACAGUGCUGUUGCCACAAGCAGUCGUGCAACCCAGUGGUUGUGGAACUUGGUCACCAGUGGCUAUAAAACUGUGCCUUUGACUUCUGCUCUACAACAGGGGCCUCAAACACCUGAGCAAGCUGUGUGA